GUUGGUGCGGCCCGGGUGGAGACUUCACGUGCACGCGGGGGGCGGUGCGUCACUGAUCGGUGAGGCACGGCCGAGGGGUCGGCGUCGGUCAGGAGUCUGCGGCUGGCCCCCUUCUCAGAGGAACUAGGAUGAAUAUGACUCAAGCACGCGUUCUGGUGGCUGGAGUGGUGGGUCUGGUGGUUGUCCUCCUCUACGCCUCCAUCCACAAGAUUGAGGAAGGACACCUGGCCGUGUACUACAGGGGAGGAGCUUUACUAACUAGCCCCAGUGGACCAGGCUAUCACAUCAUGUUGCCUUUCAUUACUACGUUCAGAUCUGUGCAGACAACACUGCAAACUGAUGAAGUUAAAAAUGUGCCUUGUGGAACAAGUGGUGGGGUCAUGAUCUAUAUUGACCGAAUAGAAGUGGUUAAUAUGUUGGCCCCUUGUGCAGUGUUUGAUAUAGUGAGGAACUACACUGCAGAUUAUGACAAGACCUUAAUCUUCAAUAAAAUCCACCAUGAACUGAACCAGUUUUGCAGUGCCCACACGCUUCAAGAAGUUUACAUUGAAUUGUUUGAUCAAAUAGACGAAAACCUCAAGCAAGCUCUGCAGAAAGAUUUAAAUGUCAUGGCCCCAGGCCUCACCAUACAGGCUGUGCGUGUUACAAAACCCAAAAUCCCAGAAGCCAUAAGAAGAAAUUUUGAGUUAAUGGAAGCUGAGAAGACAAAACUUCUUAUAGCUGCACAAAAACAAAAGGUUGUGGAGAAAGAAGCUGAAACAGAGAGGAAAAAGGCUGUUAUAGAAGCAGAGAAGAUUGCACAAGUGGCAAAAAUUCGGUUUCAGCAGAAGGUGAUGGAGAAAGAAACUGAAAAGCGCAUUUCUGAAAUUGAAGAUGCUGCGUUCCUGGCCCGAGAGAAGGCGAAAGCAGAUGCUGAGUAUUAUGCCGCACACAAAUAUGCCACUUCAAACAAGCACAAAUUGACCCCGGAAUAUCUGGAGCUCAAAAGGUACCAGGCCAUUGCUUCUAACAGUAAGAUCUACUUUGGCAGCAACAUCCCUAGCAUGUUCGUGGACUCCUCUUGUGCUUUGAAAUAUUCAGAGGUUAGGACUGGAAGAAAAAGCUCUCUCCCCUCUAAGGAGGCUCUUGAGCCCUCUGGAGAGAGCCCCAUCCAAAACAAGGAGAGCACAGGUUGAUGCAACAGGUGAAAAUGUUCUUCCAUAUCAAGAUAUGGCCCAAGGGGUUAAGUGGGAACGAUGGUUAUACGACUUCAGAUUUACAGAGAACUCAUGCUCCGUCUGUUCUGCCUUUCCUGUGGUAGUCCUGGUUUAUCAGCUGAUUGCAGGAUAGAGCCAGCUGUCUGGCACCCAGAUGGUGUUUUCAGGUGCAGUUUUAUCAAAUAUCCUGUGUGUGUUCCUUUCUAAACUGGUACUCAUGAAUGAGGGAAAGUCUGAUGCUAACAUACUGCCUGCACUGGAAUGUUAAACACUAAAUAUUUAACAAGCUGUGUUUUUCUAAGCUGAGAUCUAUUGGAUAAUGUUUACAUUGGUCCCCGGGGAAAUGUGUGCUCAGUCAUUCAAGAGAUAGGAGGUCAGAGAGAAGGCGGCCAGGAUGUGGUGAGUGUAAAGAAGACUGAUUAUGCCAGGACCCAGGCUUUCUCUUUGGGGUCCAGUCCCAGCAUUCAUCCAUGUGAGUAGCAUCUAGUCCGCUGAAGUUCCCCAGGAAAUGAUCUUCCACUUGAGCAACUAUUUACUUGAUACGAUUUGCACCUUUAUGUUUUCCUAGAGUCAAGAUGGUGGCCCACUGGGACAUGCACCUUGCCACCCAAUCAGAGAUUCUUCAUAGAGAUUCCUAAUCAUUAGUUUAUUGCAUUAGUAGGCUCAGAGAUAGAGCUUAGUUUGAAGUUUUGGGUGAGAUGAAACCUUUGCUUUGAACCAAAGCUCUGGGGGCCAUACAUACCGCUCCAUUGGGUGAUGGCUGUCUCUGUCACUGCGCAGGCCAUGUGUGACUAAGGUGCCUGGUUUUUAGGCUCAGACAACUCCUUCUAUGUCACCUCUCAGCUCUGGCCAAGAGUGGAACAGGACUUUAACCAGAAAUAGAAGCAGCAUCCAGUUCCUAGCUGUUCACUGCACAGUAUUGUAUCAUAACUGCAGGAAGUUUUUAUUUUUACAACUGGAUUUGGGGUACGUUCAUUU